GUGCUUCUUUUUUAGUAGUACGUGUUUGAGGGGCCCCACAGUGGUUUCUUUUUUUUUUUUGAUUCGUCUCGCGAGUCGAUCUUUUACACACAAACACACACACACACACGCGUAUUUUUUUCAUUAUUCGAAAGGUAUUCGAAGCGUUAACCAUCCCUUCCUUCAUGCGAGAUGGACCUCAAGCAAAGCGACCUCGACGACCUCGCCAGCAUCACCGUCGACGACGACUUUCUGCGGUGCAACGUCGACACCGAUUUUGACGAGGACACGUCGCAGGCGACGCUGCAGGAUGUCUGCACCGCGUUUGUGCAGUCUUUUUUGGUGGACAAGGGCGAGUGGAUCUCCUCCCUGCACCUCUCGCUGAAGGAGUGCGUGACGGUGCUGGAGGAGAUGGAGACGGUGUUGGCGAAGUUCAUUCAACAGCUGGAACGCAUUCAGCAGGACAUCGGCGACGUCCGCGAGACCCUGGCGAAGACGUCGAUUGAACUUAACAACGCGAAGACGACGGAGAGGGUACUGUGGAUGGCCAUCUCGCACCUCGUCGUGCCGCCGGAAAUCGUCCAGAUAGUGACGCAGACGAACGAUGGGGAGCUGGGGAUGCUGUUUCAACUCACCCUGAAGGAGCUGCUCAAGUACUUAGACUACCGAAAGGGUGUGUGGCAGCAGCCGGGCAUUGUGCCAGGGGGUCAGGAGGCCCCGCUAUCGCAUAGGUGGUCAUCGUCGCGGCAGCGCAGCGCGCGUGAGCUUCGCCUACCGCUGACGGAGUUUAAGAUCUAUUACGAGCUGCUCACUGUGCUCGACAGCCUCACCGUGUUUGCGUGCGUUAAGGUGCGCGAUUUCCUCUCGCGCAAGCUGCCGAUGCUCACCGUACCCAACACAAACGUGUGUAUUCUCCAGGAAAACAGUCUAAAGCAGCUCUCCUUCUACGUGCAUUUCCUUCGGUCUGCGCCGCCCCUCCUGCGACACGCGCACGCCCGCGGCGUACAAGGCGGCCAUCAGCCCACCCUCAUCCCGUACCGCAUCACACGUGCCAUUUACAGUGAGUUUAAGCAGCACUACUGUCUUAUCAUGUCGUCCUUGUACCUCCGCAAGUUUCAGGAUUACGUGCUCACACUGAAUGCAAUGGAAUACAGCACCACUGCUUCUGCGUCCUUUGGGUCCGUCAGCAGCACCCUGCUGAGCGGCUUUACGCGGGUGCAGCCGGCUGCACCGAACACUGUUUACACGUUGCCGCCGGUGACCGAUACGCACAGCAAGUUCACCGGCUCUGCGAACGUCUUUGAGCUGGGCACGAGGGGCGAGAUCUUCUCCCGCGUCUUUUCUCCCCCUCUCAUCCCGACACUGGAAAAGGCAGCGGGCCGUCGUCACUCCUACGAAGAAACCCUGCGCUCCCUCCUGCACCUCCUCAUCGACACCGUCACCCACGAGUACCUCUUCACCUUUGAGUUUUUCUCCGGUGACAUGUCCGUCUACGUGGAUGUCUUUCAACCCACUUUGCAGUUCAUCGUUGACUACCUCUCCGAGGUGGUGCUGACCCAGUCGACCGGCGGCGUGCGGCAGCUGCUGAAUCAGCACCCCUGCUCCAGCGUGAAUGUGAAGGCGAAGGACGACACCUACGGCCUGCUGACUCUCAUUCGGCUGUGUCACGAGUAUCGGUUUUACAUGAAGACGGUGCGCCGGCUUUCUUGCCUCGACUCCUUUUUCGACUCACUGCUGGUGCUGCUGUGGCCCGCCUUCAAGCGCACCCUCGAUGCGCAGUUGGUCGCGCUUCGCUGUGCGCAAGUGUCAUCGUUGGCGGCUGUCACGGCCCACUUGCGGACCACCGAAGAGCGUGUGGCGACGGUGCACCCUCUCGUGCGCAACUACUCGGCGCUGUCGUGUUCGCUGCUUAGCAUCGCACUUGGCGCCGCGCUGGCGGAGGAACGGAUGGUGACCGGCGAGAUUGAUGCGAAGCCGACGAAGGCGCGCAACGCAUCGUCGGAGGCCUCUUCAUCGCGGUCCUCGUCCGCGCUCGCACGUUCGUCUUCGUCUUCUUCCUCUUCGUCGUCGUUGUCGUCAUCACCGUCUCCUUCCGGCUCGUCCCCGUACGCCAACGCUGGUGCUGGUGUCGCCUCCGCACCGCCGAUCGCAAUAGACGCGGCUUUGCGAGAGAGCAGUCGCCAGCCGGCACUGAGUUCUCUUAACGCGUCCGCGUCGCUCGUGCGAACGGAGGCGCAGCAGACGUACGCCGUUGUGAGACGGCGUGCGAUGGAGAUGAUGGAGCAGGAGGAUGCAGCCGACGCCGCGGAGAGCCACGACCGCUUUGUCGCUCUCAUCGGCAACGUGGACUUUGUGCGGGUGCAGGUGAUCCACUACGCAGAGGAGGUGGUGAAGCACGUUCUGCUGCAGGGCGACGCGCGGCAGCCGGCAGGGGUCACGUUCACCGGCAAGGCCGCAGUUAUGCGUGACGCUUACGUCGUGAACCAGCUUCACUACAUGUGGGCCGCUGCGCAGACCUGCGUGCUUCCUGGUGAGGCGCGGCACAGCGUCACGCUGACGGAGCGCUUCGACUUCUCGCAGCUGCGCGAGAUGUACGACACUUAUCGCGCCCGACUGCAGGAAGAGACACUCAACCUGUACUUCUCUGAGUUCGUCAACGUCGCGCGCAGUGAGGAAAGCGUGCCGCCGCCAGUGCUGAUUCAGGUGGCGGAUCAGUUUCUUUUGACGUGGAAGUUUGCGCUAGAUGCGCUGCGCACCGAGGUGACGUCACUCAUCUACGAGAGCCAGCUGGCCAACGAGAUUGUAGCGCAGGUGUGCAUGGAGUGCCUUGUGUGCAACACGUGUUUUCUCAAGAUCAUCUCUGCCGCCGUCGAGUCCCACCCCGCCGUCUUCGCGCAGCGUCCGAUUCGCACGUUAAUUGUGUCGAAUCAGAACAUCCUGCAGCACAUGCGCAACUACUCGGUGCCCCUCGACACGUCUGAUCUCUCAUGA